GAUAAUCUCAGUGAUACCUUAAAGAAACUGAAGAUAAGAGCUGUUGACAAGACCGAGAAUAGUUUAGAAGGAUGCUUGGAUUGUCUGCUGCAAGCCCUGGCUCAGAAUAAUGCAGAAACAAGUGAAAAACUUCAAGGAAGUGGAAUACUUCAGCUGUUUGAAAAUCUAUUGACUCCCCAGUCUCCCUGCACAGUCAAAGCAGCUAACGCUAUAGUAGACGUAGCCAAAAAUGAAUUUAUGUGACUUCUAUGUGUGGAUGCUGAAUUGAUUUCACCACUGGUGCAACUACUAAAUAUCAAAGACUAGGAAGCGCUGCUUCAAAUAGGCAGAGCCCUAGGAAACAUAUGCUAUGAUAGCCAUGAGAGUAGAAGUGCAGUUGGCCAAGCAGGUGGUGCACAGAUUGUAAUUGAUUAUUUAAGGUCAUUGUGCAGUGUAACAGAUCCCACCAAUGAGAAGCUCUUGACUGGUUUUUGUGACAUGCUGAUGAACUAUAGCAAUGAGAAAGACUCCCUCCAAGCUCAGCUUAUCAAUAUGGGUGUCAUUCCUACUGUAGUGAAAUUACUGGGUAUCCACUGCUAAGAUGCAGCUCUUACAGAAAUGUGUAUUGUUUCCUUUGGUAAUUUAGCAGAACUUGAGUCAAAUAAAGAACAGUUUGAAAGCACAAAUAUUGCUGAAGAGCUGAUAAAGCUCUUCAAGAAGCAAAUAGAACAUUAUAAGAGAGAAAUGAUUUUUGAAGUCCUCACCCCUUUGGCAGAAAAUGAUGCUCUUAAACUACAGCUGGUUGAAGCAGGCCUGGUAGAGUGUCUACUAGAGAUUGUUCAGCAGAAGGUGGAUAGUGACAAAGAGUAUGACAUUGCCAAGCUCAAAACUGGUUCAGAUUUAAUGGUUUUAUUACUGCUUGGAGAGGAAUCCAUGCAGAAGUUAUUUGAAGGAGGAAAAGGCAAUGUGUUUCAAAGGGUACUUCCCUGGAUUACAUCAAAUAAACACCAGCUACAGUUUGCUGGAGCACUGGCCAUUGCCAACUUUGCCAGAUAUGAUGGAAAUUUUAUUCAUAUGGUCGACAACAAAAUUGUAGAAAAGUUUAUGGAUUUACUGAACAGACACGUAGAAGAUGGCAAUGUGACCGUCCAGCAUGCAGCACUCAAUGCCCUCAGGAACCUGGCCAGCUCAGUUGUAAAUAAAGCAAAGAUGUUAUCCUCUGGGGUCACAGAGAGAGUUCUGAAAUUCCUGAAAUCAGAAAUGCUCCCAGUUCAGUUCAAACUUCUGGGAACAUUAAGAAUGUCGAUAGAUGCCCAAGAAGUUGCUGAACAACUGGGCAAGAAUGUUAAGAUAGUGGAGCAUUUGGUGAAAUGGUGUGAAGCCAAAGAUCAUGCUGGGUUGAUGGGGGAGUCCAGCAGAUUGCGCUCAGCCCUCAUCUGGUACAGUACAUUGAAAGAUGUAAUUAAAACCAUCAUACAGAGAGGUGGCAUCAAGCAUCUUGUUACCAUGGCAACUGGUGAGCAUGUAAUAAUACCCCUCAUUGCUUUAGCACUAAUAGCAGCUUUAGAAUUGGGCAUUGCUGACAAAGAUCUAGAAAGUGCUAAACUUGUACAGGCUUUACACAGACUGCUAGCAAAUGAGAAAAGUGCUUUCGAAAUAAAAUAUAAUUCCAUGGUCCUGAUCUGUGUUCUCAUAGGAUCUGACUCUCUACACAAGGAAGUGCAGGAUUUGGCCUUUCUAGAUAUUGUAUCCAAACUUCACAGUCAUAAGAACAAAAAUGCCACCCAACAGGCCUCUGUCGCAGAGCAGAGACUUACUGUGGAAAGCCAAGACCCACCCCUUGCUGAUACACAGCAUCAUCCCAUCUCUGAAUUCCCUUUUGAACACCCUCAUUCCUACUACACCACACUCCCAUAUUUCGACCCCUGGGCCUGGAACUUCGAGGGAGGACUGCCCCCUUAUAGCUUCAGCUACCAAACCCCCAAGACAGACACCCCUCUUUCAGGCAGGAGCACCCUCAUUCCUACUACACCACACUCCCAUAUUUCGACCCCUGGGUCAGGAACUUCGAGUGAGGACUGCCCCCCUUAUAGCUUCAGCUACCGAACCCCCAAGACAGACACCCCUCUUUCAGGCAGGAAACAUGCCAACAUUUUCAGCCCACUUGGAACCCUAUUAGAUCUCUACGAAAGUCCACAGUUUCAUCCAUUUCUGAGGAAAAUCCAACAGACAAACAGCAUUGGGUAUAGUGUGCCCCUGGAUGAAAAAAGAAAAACAAUACAUUAUGAUAUCCACAAUCUUGUGAGAUUUUCUAAUCACAGUUUGCUGUUGGCUAAAGUAGGAGAUUUUGUCUAUAGGAGCACCCAUGAUCAAGGCUUGGUCAUCAACGAAGACAUGAUAAAAUGGCCUGUUAGUUUCAAGGAGCACACCCUUGAGACCUUCGUGGAGAUCUUGUCUGGUGCUGGUGUAGUUUUGGGAAUCUUUGUGAAGCACCGAGACACUCCCAUUGUCAAGGCCAACAACCAGGCUUUUAGCUUUAUCCUGCUCACCUCUCUUCUGCUCCUUGCUCUUCAUUGGUCAUCCUAA